AUGGGGAGCGAUGAUCCCACAGGAGCAGCGACACCCUCGGUGUCCCGUUCCCGCAGCCCUCGCAGCCCGCGGCAGGAGCGGGGAUGGAGCCGGGCCAGGACAGCCCCGCUGCUGGAUUAUGGGAAGAGCUUCAGGCAGAGCUCCCACCUGAUCCAGCCCCUGAGGAUCCACACCAGGGAAAGGCCCUACAAGUCUGGGGAGUGUGGGAAGGGUUUCAGCUACAGCUCCCACCUCGUCAUCCACCAACACCUCCACACUGGGGAGAGGCCCUACGAGUGUCCCGAGUGUGCAAAGAGGUUUCAGACCAGCUCCACUCUCCUCAAGCACCAGCGGAUUCACACGGAGGAGAGGCCCUUCCACUGCCCAAACUGCAGGAAGGGCUUCAAGCACAACUCCAACCUCAUCACCCACCGGCGCAUCCACACCAGGGAGAGGCCCUGUGAGUGUGGGGAAUGUGGGAUGAGCUUCAGCCAGAGCUCCAGCCUGAUCUGCCACCAGAGCAUCCACACUGGGGAGAGGCCCUACGAGUGUCCCCAGUGUGGGAAGAGCUUCUCCAGGAGCUCUGACUUGACCCAACACCAACAGAGGCACCGGUCCUCCUCCAUGGAAGAAUGCAGACACUGGAGACAAGAAAUCCCUGGAGGCAGCCAGACACCUGGACCAGAUGCUGAGGGAUCUGGAGAGACGCCGUGAGAUGGACCAAAGGGCUUUGCUGAAGGCAGCACUUCCUGAAGGAAGCCGUGGCUCCGUGCCAGCCCCCGAUACACAAAGGGAGGAGAUGCCAGACAGUGCCACAGAAGGUGAUUGCUGUGCCAGGCUCAGCCAGGCUGAGCAAUCCUGCUGGGGUCCCUCCGUGGGAGACAUGUCCCAAAACCUGGGAGUGGCUGCACGGGGUGCCCAUGGUGGGGAAAGAGCAGAGAGGGAGAGCAAGGCUCCCGUGUGUCCUGACAGGGCCUGACUCUGUCCCCUGGGGCUGGGGGAGCUGUCCCAGGGCAGGGAGGGCCAGGGCUGGCAGGGGCUGCUCAGGGAUGGGUUUGGCCCGUGUCCCUCGAAGCAGCGACUGCCCAAGCAGCUGCGCUGGCCCCGGGCUCUCCUCCCGGCCUGCUGGGCUUUGUUGGGUGGCACAGCCUGUGCCAAGGGGCGGCAAGGGGCCUGCAGGCCCCAGCUCUGGGGGAAACAGAGAACGUCCUGGCCGUAUCCACCGUGCUGCCAGCUCGGCAGUGCAGCACAGCACGGGCUGACG